ACAUCCCAAAGGGAGCCGGCUGGGUGGCCGGCAUGCAAGUCUCUUUCGCCUGCUCGGAGCACAACGUCAAGAGCCGGACCCCCGAGGAGCGGCUCAGCCGGCAAAAUGCAGGGAGCCCCGGGGUCCGGGGCCGCUUUCGGGCCGUGGCUAUGGUGGCCCAAAGCCUCGGCCAGCUGUCCACGCAGAGCGUCUCCCCCACCAGCCACACGGCCACGAAACAGCCCGGCAUGAAGUACAGAAACCUCGGGAAGUCCGGAUUGCGGGUUUCCUGCCUCGGUUUAGGAACCUGGGUGACCUUUGGAGGACAGAUAACAGAUGAGGUGGCCGAGCAGCUGAUGACCCUGGCUUAUGACAACGGCAUCAACCUUUUCGACACGGCCGAGGUCUACGCCGCAGGGAAAGCUGAAGUUGUCCUGGGGAACAUUAUCAAAAAGAAAGGAUGGAGACGGUCCAGUUUAGUGAUCACAACGAAAAUCUUUUGGGGAGGGAAGGCCGAGACAGAACGAGGCCUUUCCAGAAAGCACAUUAUAGAAGGUUUAAAGGGGUCCCUCGAACGGCUACAACUGAAUUACGUGGACGUGGUAUUUGCCAAUCGGCCGGAUCCGAACACCCCUAUGGAAGAGACCGUACGAGCCAUGACUCACGUCAUCAACCAAGGCAUGGUGAUGUACUGGGGCACUUCGCGGUGGAGUUCCAUGGAGAUUAUGGAGGCCUAUUCUGUGGCCCGGCAGUUCAACCUGAUCCCUCCGAUUUGUGAACAAGCCGAAUAUCACAUGUUCCAACGGGAGAAGGUCGAAGUUCAACUUCCAGAGCUUUUCCACAAGAUUGGCGUAGGAGCCAUGACGUGGUCCCCCUUGGCGUGCGGAAUCGUGUCGGGGAAGUACGACGGCGGGAUCCCCCCUUACUCGCGAGCCUCGCUCAAAGGUUACCAGUGGCUGAAGGACAAGAUCCUAAGUGAGGAAGGGAGGCGGCAGCAGGCAAAGCUGAAGGAGUUGCAAGCGAUUGCCGAGCGGCUGGGCUGCACCUUGCCGCAGCUCGCCAUCGCGUGGUGUUUACGCAACGAGAGUGUCAGUUCCGUCCUACUAGGAGCUUCCAACGCCGAUCAGUUGAUGGAGAAUAUUGGAGCAAUACAGGUUCUUCCCAAGCUGUCCUCUUCGAUUAUCCAUGAAAUCGAUAGCAUCCUAGGCAAUAAACCGUACAGCAAAAAGGACUACCGCUCUUAAUAACGGGGGGGCAUUUGAGAGGGCCCCCCCCCGGUUAAUCUGGGACUAAUCCUCUCGCGUCCGCCUCUCUCCUCUUCGCUUGCUUUAAGCUUACUCUGAAGAAGCCGAGCGAGCACGACGGUUUUGCAUCUGAGAAUUUAAAACAAAAACCCAAUACUGCACCCAGAGACGUUCCUUAAGAGAGAGAGAGAAGAAAAAAAACAACCCAUUUCCCAUCGUGGCCAGAUCACGUUGUAAGGCUUUCUUUUCUUUUUUGCUUAUUUUUAUUUUCCUCUUUCCUCCCCCCUCUCCCUCCGUAAAUGCAAGAAACAACAUUCUGGAGGGGGGGAAAAAUCACAUGGAAAAUCCAACAUUUCCCUUUUAUUUUGCAAAGCAAAUUUUCAGCCCCCUGUUUACAUUACAGCAAUGGGUUGCAUUCUCCCCCCCUCCCUUCCAAAAGAAAAAAAUAACUUUUAGGCACAAGUGUCAGUGUUUUUAAACAUUAAUCUGGACCCCACCUCCCUCCUCCUUCAUCCCCUCCUAUUCCCUCUAAUAAGAGCUGGCACUAUUUUUAUACAAAAAGCAGGCAUGGGCCGAGCUGAGAUUAUUAUUAUUAAAAACCGCUUAUGGGGAACAAACGCAUGCUUCCUUCCCAAACCAUCGCUCCUUCCUUGACGUGGUUUAGUUAUUUUUAUUUUCAGUUUGAUAAAAGAAAUCAGAUUUUUAUUUUUAUCUCUUUGAGAUGGGGAGGAGAAAAAGAGAGAGAGAAUUAAGAAACUUCUCAAAAUCGUUUCUGGACAAAGGGAGUUAGUAUAUUUUUGGAUAACGGUGCACAGGUUAUGGCAGGUUUACAGUAGAAAUGGCUCCCGUCUUCCCCCAAAGUUUUUGGUCUAGGUUAUUGUCCCAGAAAUACUAUCUUUAUUUCAGAUAUUUCAAGGUGGCAUUCAGGCGAAGUCGAGCCACGUUCCCGGGCACCCCCAGAAUCGGUGGGGUUGUAUCCACCAGCUCUCGCUUUUGAGAGUCGGUUCGACCAAAUUCUCCUUGCCUUUUGGGAAUCGGAUCGCUGCUUUGCUGGAAUUUGCACGGCUGCUGCGGCACCUGAAAUGCCCCUUGCACCAGGGAGGGAGGGGGGAGG